AGGCUAUUAAAAAGUGAAACUCUGAGUCCGAGUUCAGCAACAAGUUGCGGAAGACAGCUCAGUUAAGAUACAGAAAAAUGGCUGAAAGAAAUAAAAAUCGCCUUUUAGAUCUAUUAACUCAAGAAGGAAAUAACGUAUGUGCUGAUUGUGGAUGUCAGGAUCCUGAUUGGGCGUCAUUCAACCUUGGUAUUUACUUGUGCGUAACAUGCGCACAAAUCCAUCGAAUGCUUGGAGCUCACAUUAGUAAAGUGAAGUCUAUUCGCCUCGAUCAAUGGAAUGAUGACCAGGUGGAGUUCAUGGCAGCCAAUGGUAAUAGAGCUGCGAAAGCUAAAUAUGAAUUAUGUGUACCGCCCUCCUACAAGCGGCCAGCGGAAAGCGAUUGCCAGGUUCUACGUGAACAGUGGAUCCGUGCUAAAUAUGAGCGCCAUGAAUUUAUGGAUGUAGAUAAGCAAACGUAUUUGUCUGGACACAAGACAGGCUACCUGUGGAAACGAGGCAAGGACGACAGCAAAUAUCAGAGCCGAUUGUUCGUGCUAUCAGAAGAGGAAAAUGUAAUCAAAUACUAUAAUAAGCAAGAUGCUAAGGAACCAAAGGCUGCUAUUAAGCUAUCCAAUUUAAAUGCCGUGUUUGUUCCUGAUAAGAUUGGAAAUCCCAAUGGACUUCAGAUAUCUUGGGUAAAAGAGGGCCAAACGCGUAACAUCUAUCUCUAUACUGACGAUGGAAAGGAUAUUGUUGAAUGGUACAAUGCAAUUCGCCAUGCCAAUUACAACCGUCUAAAAGUUGCAUAUCCUGGAACCCCAGAUGAGGAGUUGAGGUCACAGCUGAGUCGUGACUUCCACAAGGAGGGUUGGCUGUGUAAGACUGGACCCAAGGGCAGUGAGGCCUACCGCAAGAGAUGGAUGACCCUGGAUGGCAGAAGACUUCUUUACUUUGCGGAACCACUGGACCCAAAUCCCAAAGGGGAGGUAUUUCUCGGAAACAAGCUUGACGGUUACUUUGUGCGAGAUGGUCUCCCACCAGGUAGACAAGAAGAGCCCCCUAACAGCUUCUCUCUCAUCACACCUGACCGAGAGUACUACUUCAGUGCUGACAGUUCAGAGGAACAAAAGGCGUGGAUGGAAGCUCUGAAAGCGGCCUGUGAUAAACCAAUGUAUCCGCAAGAUCAGAAGAAUAAACAAGAAAGCAAAUUAAAAUAGGCAAAUGAUAAUUACGUGAUAUUUUAAACGAAAUGUUAAUGAAGUUCUUUCACAUAUAUUUUUUUUUUUUUGACAAUUUGCAACUUAUGGGUGCAAACAGAAUUGACUUAAAGAGUAGAAUAUUUACAGUAAACAAUGCUGAAAGUUUAUUUUGAAAAUUUAAUGCUCUCUUUUAGAUUAGUAAUAAUAUGUUAGUGUUAUAUCGCACAUCAUGCGAGGACCUCUAGUAGUUUCACAUUAACGUACACGGGAUCGAGCUGCUAUAUAACUAAUACUCAAUUUUAUGGGGAAUUUUAACCCCUUGAAAAUGGUUGCUAAUGUCCUGCAAAACGACAGUGUAAAUGUACGUAAACAGGUGCCUUUGUGGAACAACGCACAUGUUUGUAAGACAAGCGUGUAUAUAGCUUCUUACAAACAUUAAAAAGUAUUGUAUAUUAAUUUACAUUGUAAUCAUAUAAGGUCAGCAUUUCUUAUAUAUAGUGAGAAUGUCAGUGUUCCUUAUUAUUGUAAAAGAUGCAUCAUCAUUUUUCUUGGCAAUUUCACAAUUUUAUAUGCCAUAAACCUUAAUACUCCACUCGCUUUAUUAAUCCACUAUAUAUACAGUUACUCAUACUCAGCUUCAAGGCUAAUAUGGAUCCUUAGAAUAGCAAUGCUAUGGUCUUAAAAAAUAACAUUAUAAACGUACAGUAUGUAAACAUGUACCCUUGUGCGACACAAUAUUUAUAUUUUAGGUACAAGCAUGUAUUCUUGACCUUGUUUAGAUUAGUCAGAAUUUACGCUGGACACGGGAUAGGACCGUUCCAUAAUGUCACAAUUAGUAAUCAUUGCAGCAGCAUUCAAACCUAUCUGCUACCUACUAUAUGUGUACUUGCUUUAAUUGGAUCGGGUCAAUCUCUGAAUCCCGAUCAAUGAUAGAGAUCCAGAUUGCUCUGUUUUGAAUUGUUGAAAUUGAAAUACUCAUGCGUAUCUAUUUAAUGAGAUCUGUAUCAAAGGGUAGGAUUCUAUAUAGUGACUGGUUUGUCACAUGUUGUUUGGCAUCUACAGUAAUAUUCUGAGCAGCCCUGCUAGGUGGAUAUCCAAUAUGGAUUCAGUACCUGUUCUUAGAUCAGCCACAAAUGGUCUUUUAAUCAGAAGCUACGCCACACACUUCCUAAGAUGCUUGUAAGAGAUACGUGAAAGAAUGCACAUUCAUUAAAAAAUUGUUUUGUUUUCGAAGUCUUGUACAUUGUUUUUAGCUGCUUAGAUUCAGCUUAUAAUUUUAAUAAUUAGUUACAUUAUAAAAAGUAUAGUUAAUAACUUCUAAGAAAAUCCAUUUGGCAUCAGUGAAAGUAUUUUUGUUUUGAUUUUGUUUCAUUCAUUUGGCUUGAUGUAAAAAAAGGCAUAGCAUAAUACCUGGUAUAUGAAAGAUUUUAAGGAAUGGUUAAAGCUUCGAGUAUCAAGAUUUGUUUAAAAUUUACUUUGUCUUUGCAGUAGAUAAUUUGCUCAAAUAAUCGAUUAUGCAUUGUAUAUAAUCAGUUUGUUUUGUGAAUGAAUAUAGUGUGACUUCUUAUCAAGCUUGCUCUUGUGAACUGUAAUAUCUGAAGAUAUUCUUGUGGUAGAUUUUAUUACCAUUAUUUACAAUAAAGCUUCUCACAAACAUUAAAAA